GGUGGAGUGGCCGAGGAGAGGCUGUCUGCGUUCAGAUGGAGGAUUAAGCUGGUCCCUAUCCUGACAGCAUCCAGCACCGACACGCAGCCCAAACAUCAUCCCACACCUAUCCGUCCCGUCUGUAUCAGCCGGAUCCACCUGCUCCCUUCAUCCCGUGCUGGCUCUCCAUCGCUGGACCCCACCGGUCCACACCCCCCCGGACCGGACCGGUGUCCUUUCAAACCACGAGAUCAGUUCUCAUUGGUCCUGAUGGUUGUGAGGGCCCGUCUCCGCCACCUCUCAACCAGUCCGCACAAGAGAGAUGUGACAGCCAAUCACACACUGAGAUUUCUGCAUUCUGGAGCUGUUAGGACACAAGCCACACCCAGUUAGAUGGAGGAGCAGGAGAGAAGCAGAAGUCGAUCUCCACGCAGGGUGGGUCGGGUGGAGCAGGUGGUGGGGAAAUGGCUGCGCCGUUCUCGAGACUCUCUCAGCAGGGAGCGUAUUUUAGGAGGCAGGAGGUCGCGCUCUGGGGAUUCGGGCCAGCAGAACUUCCCUGUGAAGGUGACAGUGGAGGUGAUCAGAGAUGCUGUCCUGGACUCCCAUGGUUUUACUCUCUCAUCACAGCACCCCCUGCUGGUCAGGGAUGUCACUCCAGGAGGCCCAGCAGACGGUCAGGUUUUUCCUGGAGAUCAGAUCCUGAAAGUGAACAAUAAAGCCAUAGAAGAUCUUUCGCCUGAAAACACGGAGCAGAUGAUUAGGGAUUGCGAGGACUCUGUAACCUUGACGAUCCUCAGAAAUAUGGCGAAUCCCAAGUCUUCGUUCAUAACAGCAGAGAAGAGAGCUCGUCUGAGAAGAAACCCCGUUAAAGUGCGCUUUGCAGAAGAGGUGGUCGUCAACGGACACACUCAGGGAAACUCUCUUCUCUUCCUGCCCAACGUUUUGAAGGUGUACCUGGAGAACGGUCAGACCAAAGCCUUCAAAUUUCACAGGACCACAACUGUCAAGGAUAUUGUGUUGACUCUGAAAGAGAAGCUGUCCAUUCGAUGUAUUGAGCAUUUUGCACUGGUGCUGGAACAGCAAUAUAACAUCACCAAACUACUGCUGCUGCACGAGGAGGAGCUCAUACAGAAGGUGGUACAGAAGAAGGAUUCCCAUGACUACAGGUGUCUGUUCAGAGUCUGUUUCAUUCCCAGAGACCCAAUGGACCUCCUUCAGGAUGAUCCUGUAGCCUUUGAGUACCUCUUUCAGCAGAGUGUGGGAGAUGUGUUACAGGAACGCUACGCCGUGGAGAUGAAAUGUAACACAGCGCUGAGACUAGCUGCUUUGCACAUGCACGAGAAACUGGCAAGCUGCGGACAGACGACGAGAGCAUCUGUUAAGAGCAUUGUCAAGGAGUUUGGUUUAGAGAGCUUCAUCUCUCCCACUCUGCUGAGGAACAUGAGAGAGAAAGACCUGCGGAAAGCUCUCAACCACCACAUGAAGAAGAUUCAGUCGCUGCUAGAACCACGACAGAAGGUGAUUUCUGUGUCUCAGGCCCGGUUGGCCUAUCUGACCCAGAUGGCGGAGCUGAUUUCAUACAGCGGGAGAAGCUACAACGCCACCAUGCUGUUGCAGGACAGGGAGUCGCUGGUGAGUUUGCUGGUGGGAGCGAGAUACGGGAUCAGCCAAAUACUAAACCACCAGCUCAACAUGAUCUCCACCAUCAUUGACUUCCAUUACAUCACCCGAAUAGAGGUGCUCUCAGAGUCCGACAGAGUCAGCAUGCUCAAGAUUUACCUGCAGGAUAUCCAGCCCAUAGCCCUGUUAAUGGAAUCGGUAGCAGCUAAAGAUCUGGCCUGCCUUCUGGCUGGAUACUGCAAACUGCUGGUGGACCCCAAUAUCAAUGUGUUUCGCUGGGGACCCAGACCUAAAAUGCGACGCAUUCCGGCAGAAGAAGGGUACAUUUCUCGGUGUGGGAGUGAUUCAGAAGACAGCUCGGAGGAUGACUACGCAAUGGAGGGACUGCUGGACACUCAGCUGUCAGAGGACACUAUGUCCACUCAUACAAAUGACGGCACAGAGGAAGGAGAGGAAAUCGAGGGUAAAAGUGAAGCAGAGGCAGAAAAGGUCAGAGUGAUUGUUACGCAUACCUUUUUAGAGGACGAAAUAGAUGAGGUGAGCAAGAGAGAGUCUGUUGGAGAUGAGGAUUACGCCAUGACAAUGGAUUCCCUUUUGGAGACAGGAUGGUACACGGACCCUCGAGUCAACAGCAGCUUCUCCAGUUUGUCCAGUAACUCAUUAAAUGCGCUGGAGGAAAGUAUUAAAGCAGCCAUUGGUGGGCUCGGAAAUAUGGAUGUGUCUCUGGAGGAGAAACCCAGUUCUGGCGCUUCGAGUCUGGAUGUCCACCACCCUUACCUCAUGGAGGUGCCAGAGCGUUUAGAUGAGAGGGGCAGUUCAAACAAACUCAGACGACCUUCAGACCUGGCCUACGAUAAUCACUCAGGUCUGUGCUUCUCAGAGCUCUCCCAAAUGUCUGAUAGCUUGCCAAGCCCACCUGCGGCCAGCGACGAUGCAUUGAGUGAGGAGGAUGAGGAUGAUGAAGCAGGAGACAGCGGAAAAGACGGUCGCAUUUCCGCCAUGUCCGCGGAAUUUGAGGCUGUGUUAGCCUCUUGUACCCCUAAUAGCAUAAAUGCUAAAUUAGCAGGAGUGAACUUUCAGGAACUCUUCACCAGGAUUCACAACCAUCCAGCAUGUAGACAGGAGGAAAAGGCUUUCCACAGAAAAAGACAAAUGAAGCUAAACAACAGGGACCAUCUUCAAAAUAUAGCGCAAUCUGUGCUGAUGAGAGCUUUGCCCUCAAAUGUCUCUGAAAAAUCAAAGGACUCCAGAGAGAGUUGUUCAGAAUCUGAGGAUGAGUUCUUUGAUGCCCAAGAUCGAUUUACCCCUCCCAUCACAGACCAAGGCCUCGCAGAGAAAAGCUCAGAGAAAAAACGUCCUUCAUUUAGUGACCUUAAGGUCAGUGUGGAGAAGACAAAAGCUCUGGAAUCCAGAGACAGCAAAGAGAAGGACAGCGCCGCACCAGAGAACCUCAAAGAAAAACCUUCUCUUCCCAACCAUUUCACCCCUGCAAUCCCUGAAACUAAAAACCCUGAAUCGGAGGUCCAUCAGCCCUCACUGAUUUUUCUCCCUAAAACUACACCUGUGGAAUCUAAAUCGUUCUCUGCAAACCACUCCACGGGACAGAAAGCCCAGCACUGCAAUGGAGACAUCCCUGGCCGAAAUCCACACCUAUCAUCACAACUUCUAGAGAUGGAGCCAGACACCAUGGAGUUUAAACCAGUCACAGGGCCUGGACCACCAAUGUCUUCCUCAUUAAUUACAGCUGUACGCCAAGCUACCUUUCCCCAACAGACCGUAGCAGAUCCAGAGACUGUUCAAAAUGGACUGAGACCACAAAAUGGUCCUAGACCACAAAAUGGAAUAUCUGACCAGGUUCCAGCCAGUCUAGAAAAAGAGACUACUCCAAAUCAUGUUGAUCUUGAAAGACUUGAUUGUCAAGAUAUUAACCAAAAUCGGAAAGAGCCAACAAAUGCCAAAGGAAUACCUGAAUUUGGGAAAAUAACAGCAGACGGCAAGAGUCCUCUACAACAACAGUCAUCAGAUUCUCUUGAAACCAGAAAAUCAGAAAAUAAAGUGCCCCAGAUAAACACAAAGCCCCCAAUACCUCCCAAGCCAUCAUUCAUUGGUUUACAGCCAUCCUCAAAGGCAGUUAAUGCCCAGUCACGAAAACCUGAGGAAAAGACAAAAGUUCCCCCCAAUGGUCUUUCUCUACACCCCUGGUCUCAGAGAAAUGGUACCAGUACCUCCCCACUCUCUACACUGAGUAAGGGUGUUUCUCAAAGUCAUGAGAACCUAAGAACUGAACUAAAGACUGAAAGCUCUACAGUCAAACCGACAAGUGCUUCAACCACUCCUACCCCAUCUCCAUCUCCCUUACCUUCUCCUUCAGUUCAAUCUGUAAAUAUAGUUCCUGAAGAUUCAGCUCAAACUGGGACUAGCUUCCCCAGCAGAACAGGCUCGUCUGGACGUCUAUCUGCCACAGCCUUGCGGGGAAAAAUUCAGGAUAUGCCCUGGUACCUCACCCGUUCCCAAGAGAUCUUGGGGACAGUAGCACUCAGCAACACUAUUUCAGGCAAUAAGGCAACCAUUCCAACAGAUGUGAAUCAUGAAUCCAAGAAGGUAUCACCCAAGGCCACUUCAGUGCCAUCUUUGAUUAACUGGAAAGAGAAAGAUGCUGAAGUAGUCAUUGUGAAGCUCAAAGAUGGACCUGAGGAACUGACCCCAACUCCUGUGAAAGACACCGAUGGGAAACCUCCAACAUCGUCAAGCCAUCCUAACCUAAUGCAGAAAUUGUCCACAGAAGCUACGGAGUUGCACUGGCAUUUUGGGUCCUGCAAGUCCGAACAACCUCAGUCAAACAAAGGCAACCCUUCAGAGAUUCGACUCGACAAUGCUCCCUCUCUAUCCGCAAGUCCUUCCCAUCGUGAUGCAUGUGGCUGCCAUACCGUCUAUGCCAACUGUUUCAGCGGAGAUACAGAGGACAACUGCAGCUUUGAUGAUGAUCUGACUGUUUAUGAGUUCUCACGUCGAAACCAGAUCAGUAACCCACCUCAACCCACCCCGGUUCCUCCACCUGCAACCCUCUCUGGUCCCUCUCCAAAUGUUCUCUCCCUACUUAAAGAUUCUCCUCGUCCCCUAUCCUCGUCUUCAGAACUCAGUCCACUCCUGGUCCCACCUAGACCUCUGGAAUCUCUGCCACUAGACCACGGACUAAUGAAUAAUCCGCUCCGCUUUCUGCAAGGCCACCGUUAUGUUACCGGUCAGAAAGGUGCAGGUCUUAAAGAUGGCUAUGCCUGUUUGCAGCGAGAUAUUGAUGAACUUCUUUUAGUUUUGAAGAAAGGACCUUCUGCGGUAUACCCUCCAACCCACAAGGGGGAAUGCGAAAACGGCAAUGUGAAUGGGAAUACGCUUUCAGAAACAGAGAGAUGCCUGGUUCAGGCUGAGGCACGGAGAUUGGCAUCAGGAUGUCAGAGAGCCACACGGGUAGGAUGGGCACCUGACGAUGCUCUUCUAUCCCUCGGAAACAGCUUUGGAGCUCUAGUACAACUUACCUCAACCUGCAUGCGAGUUCCCUGUUCAGACUGCGGAGGCUGUCAUGGUGAUAUUGAUGCAGAUGAGGCCCUGAGCAAGCUUGAGGAGAUUGUGGACCUGUAUAAGGAGUUUGUAGGUGCUGUACAGACAACAAGGGAGGGCGAAGGUGUCAGGCUCUUAGCCAAGCAGUGUACGGUUCUCAUUUCAACCGUCUUCUCGCUAACACAACUGUUUCGGACACGGACCCCAGACAUAGACAAUGGAAAUGUACCUCUGAACUUUUAAAUUUCACCUUCCGUCACCCUCUUAAGGGACUGCAGAGUGCAGGCAUAGAAUUGUACUUAAAGUAGCGAUGCCUUUCAGGCAUCUAAAAACUGAUUGUGUGCUGGCACACAAGAAUAAUAGUAAGUGCCGUGAACGUACACACACAGUUAGCAAACUAACAUGUCAGAACUGUUAUAUGUUAACCUGUUUGUCUUGCCAAGUCUCCCUAUAAACGUACUGGAAUUAUGCAUUCAGACAUAGCUAUUUUCUAACAGUUCUUUAAUUCCUGAUGUAUUUACAGUCUGUAGUCUGUAUUUAUUUUUUACAUACAGUAUAUGCGCACCGUGGUUUCUAACCUACUAUAUCUGCAUUUUGUUUGUUUUAUGUUUUUUUGGGUAUAUGUGAAUCCCUACCUCUUGCUCUAAUAAUUGAGAUAAACAGUGUUAUGAAGCUUCACUUGUUUUCAUGUUUAGUUUAGUCAUGCUGCUCUUUACAGAUUGAAGGAACAAAGUGAACGGACACUCCACUAACCCCUAACAAUAGAUGCUGGGACAAACACUAAGAAGCCCAAAUACGUAUGCAGUAACGUUUCACUGGACUAUCCAAAGGACUUUCAUUUCAUUUUGUCCAUGAUACCUUUCUGGCUAUAGAAUGAGAGUUGAUGGCAAUUGAAGUGUGGCAGUUUGCCAUUUUUGUACCUGUAUGUCGGCGUGUCAAGUUUGGCUUUUGAUGUUAGUUUUUAUAUUGGCCUAUCAGCUGACUGUUAACCACAGAGAUCGGUGUGGUCCAAAGACAUUAUAGCACAAUUGGGUCGUGUUUACACAACAACGAUGUCACCACGUUACUGUAGCACCCUGUAAAACCGAUCCCAAUGAUAGCCAAACCACACAAUUUCUCACUCGUCUGUCAUUUUUGACUAUGCAAGCAUCACGAUUUGUAUCCAAAUUUUUCCACGUAUUAUACUUUCUUACAUUUUAUACAUAUUAAUACAUAAUUUUCAAUUUGUUAUGAAUCACUAAUAUUUCACUUUAGAGGACUUCCCUGACAAACCUAGGCCUUAUAUUUUAUCUUGGAAGAUCGUUGUGAAAGUUUGUUCGAUUGCGUUAUGCACAUGCAGCGUGUAUAUUUAUUUUACCUUCUGUUUAUGUAAACAAAAGGUUCAGUUGGAAAUGUUUUUCUUCCACUUUUGUAAGUGGUGAACAGCACCAUAUUUAGUACACAUUAAAUACGUCACUCAUUAGUGUAAAUCAUCUUUGAGAAAGGCCAGAAACAUACUCCAUGCGAGUACGUGAACGCAAACGCUUCUAUCGAAACCAGCUGAAUUUCAUUGCGUAAUGUGCAACAGUGCCAGUUACGUUGCCUCCUAGAGCUGUCACUAACAAUUAAUUUGGUAAUCAAGCAAUCGGUCAAUUAUUCAGACAAUUAAUUGAGUAAUCAGAUAAUUGUAGUUAAUUUUUUUGCAGUAAUAAAAAUAGACCUCAGUGAACAAUAGACUUCAAAAUUAUUUAAAAUAUAUAUCAAUGAGACAAUAAUUAGUUCAAAUAAAGUUUCAAAAGCAAGUAAUUAUAUGGUUUUAUUGAACAAAACUGUUAAAACACAAUGUAUUAAACAACAGAACUAAAGUACAUUACGCACAGUGUUGCCAAAUCUGUCAUUUUCCAGCGAAACUGGGCUACGUUUAUACUGUUGACACGGGUUGUUUUUUAGUCGAAACCCCAUUUUCCCUGAAACGCGAUUGGGCUACUUUUGAGUACCAAAUGGGCUUGUUUUAUUAUGCAGACCUGGCAACCCUGAUUAUCCAUUAUAACAAAUGACUGCAAGAUCUAAUCCUUGUUUAAUAUUGACUAAACAACAUUUAAGUCAAAUUUCCACUUAAUAUUUAAUAUAUGGCCAUUUCUUUUCAACAAAAGUGCUAUAGCCACUGCAAUUUCUUGAAUAUGUGGACAACAAAAUGUGUAAACUCUCAGAGCGAGGGUUUGAGCAUUAUAAAUUAUUUACCUUACAAAUACACACAUGUAAAAGAUAACUGUUUGUGUAGAGCAGCAUUUACUUUGAACGGAGCCACUCUGAGCCACACAUACCUAACCUACACGAAAGUAAACAAUUAAAGUGCAUAUAUUACAGCAGCAUCACAUAUAUUUAAUUGAAUCAUAGCAUUUGUGAAUUUACAAUAGCAUUAUGCUUUUUAUUAUUUUUAAAUGGGUUUAAUAUAUCAUGUAGCCUUGGAAAAUAGCCUAUAUUGUGUUUUAUGGAUUGUCGUCCAUGGAAUGCGCCACUUCCAGUAUAUUAACACGGGAAAAUUGUAGGCAAGGAUUUUUUUUUAAAUUGAGUACUUCUAAAGGAAACUCUAUCACAUCUUUGAGUGCUAAGUUUGUUUGAAACUGCACAGUUGCAAUACAUUGUUCAAGCCUUGCAUUACUGUACUUGCAUAGAGUGUUUCUGGUCUAAGAAUGCCAAUUAUGAAUUUGGCUGUCAUAUUCACAAAAAAUAUGAUUGAGGAGAUCAUCAAAGACCUACGCUUUGAAAUUUGAGUACUUGAUUCAGUUGCCGUUUGUUCCUGAUCUCAGACCAGCAUUUUGUGGUGUAACAGUCAAGGGUGUUACAGUCAAAUUCUCACUGGCUGUUUCUAGAUCAGGUUCCAAAAGGCAACUUCCACCCACAAUACAUAAAAAAUUAAAUCGCCCAGAUCACAUGACCAACUUGAGGUCAAUGGACGGAUUAUGACAUCAGUCUUGUUCUAAGUUACUCGACAUUAGAGAAGUGCUUCCAGAUGGCAAGAAUAACACCCAUAUUGGACACAUCCCUCCCAGUAAACACACUGCCAGAUUGUGGUUAUCAAGUCAGAAAGCUAGUUCGCAUCAAGAGCAAAGUCAUGAGAAGAAGAAAGACAAAUAUGUAAAUCUGUUAUUAUUCAGUCUUUUCACAGGAACAAUUUUCAUAUCGAACUAUCAAAGAGCAAACAUAUUUCUGUAAUAAAUCUUCCUGUCAAAUGAAGGUUCUAAGAACGAUGAAGACCAAAAGGAACUGUCAUUGCAUCUGUAGCAAAUAUGAAGCAAAAACUGCUUGUAAGGACCAUGUGUAUUGAGCCGUUGUAUGCAGACGAUUGUUUCAAGUGCACAAAAUAAAAUCUUAAAUGUGGCUGUACGUGAAUAUGAAGGCAAACAUCUGAAUGAAAUGAGAAGGGACAAUCGAGAGUAUGUUUUGCAUUCCCUCUACUGUGUUCAUGAUAAUAAAGGUUUGAUUUUGAAUGA